CUUUGAUUUCAUAGAUAAUAAGAUAAGUCCCAACUUUGGGAUUACAAAAGUAUUUAUAUGUCCUUGGUAAACUUAAUUGUUUCAAUUAAAAAGUCUAAAAAGCCCUUUAAAAACAUCAAAAUUUGACUAAGGCAAAGACGUGAUUCGGGUAGAAAUUACGGGCUACAACCCGAGUUGGUUACCCGCGUUGGACGUCGAGCAGCUCCAUCUUCACGCACGUGGAUACGGCUCCCCGCAUCUCCCACCCCGAGUCAAGACGUCGUGACUUCUUCCUCUUCGUGCGUGCGGGUUUGCAAUCCCGAGUCGCUCAUCCCGCGUGAGCCUUCGUCUCUCUUCGUGCGUGCGGGUACAGCUUCCUGAGUCGCUCAACCCGCGUGAGCUUUCGUCCUCGUCGUCUCUCUUCCGCCAUGGCUACAUCUCGCGGAGGUCGUCGCUAAGCUCUGCGAUGUCGUCACUAAGCUCCGCGAUGUCGUCACGGUCGGGAUCAAGUCAACUCUGUUUCUCGACAACCGUCAUGCUCAGCUCUCGUAGUCUCGAUCGUACUCUGCUCCGGUGAGUUUCGUUGUCGUCGCGUCAAGCCUCACCAUCGUCGGAAACGUCGGGAUCUACAGCUCCGUGAAGCUCGUGAGCUCCAAUGCUUUCCUCUAAAGGCGAGACAUGGGAUGAGAUCGAUUUCAAGUUCUUGGGUAAUGUUACAGGACAACCUUAUGUUCUCCAUACAAAUGUGUUCACAGGAGGUAAAGGUAACCGUGAGAUGCAGUUCUAUCUCUGGUUCAAUCCCACCACGGAUUUCCACUCUUACACCGUCCUUUGGAACCCUCUCAACAUCAUAAAAAUGACAAACGAUAACAACACCCCCAUUGACACCACGGAUGUCAUUCAGACUCCACUCAACGCUGCAGCAACUGAUGCAACUGGCGUGACAACCGCUGCAGCAACAACGAGCACUAUCCUCCCUGCGGGAAAUGUUGCUGAUGAAACCACUCACCGUAGCCUAUUCGGUGCUGGUCUUUAUCAGACGGGUUCAGUAUCAGCAACUGCAAGUGGUCCGGUGGCAGUUCAAACCCCUCCGGCUGUACCUAGCUUGUUCACUCAAGGGCUGAUGCCAGACAAGUUUGAUGGCAAAGGCUUCAAAACGUGGCAGAAGAAGAUGAUGUUCUUCCUGACAACGAUGAAACUGGAUAAAAUCAUCCAGGAGGACAAGCCCCUUAUUCCGUACGGGAUUGAUGAUGUUCACAGUCUUGCAACUGUUGACAUAUGGGUGCAUUCCGACUUCAUCUGCAAAGGUUACAUUUUGGAUCGUCUCAUUGACCCAUUGUACCGUGUCUACUGUGAGAUCCCCACGGCGAAUGAGCUAUGGAGAUCACUGGACAAAGUCUUAUCAACGCCUCCCCUCAGAAGGGACAUUGUUUCCAGCUAG